GAAAAUAAGAAAAGGAAGUUAGAAACAGAAGAGGAAAAGAAUGAACAAAGCACAGGUGAAAGUCUUUCUAACAAAAAACUGAAGAAGGAAGAAAACAGCAACUUCAAUGAGGGAACAGAAAAGCCAUCAGUCAUUCUAACUCUCAAAAGACAAUUCAAUAAUUCACACUUAAAAAAGAACCCAGAYSCCCGUCUAAAGAUGAAAGAUAUUCAAGACUUGAUAUUAUACAGUCUGCUGUGGCAUAGUUCUGGUGUAAGCCCACGAUGGUGUGAAGUGCACAAUAGAAAGAUGAUCAAAAAAGUUGUUGUUAUUGCACUCAGAUCAGUAGGGGAGAAUGACUAUUUACAGAACAUUGAGGCUUUUCCUUACAUCCACAAAGAAUUUAAUGAAAAUGUUGUGAAAACCCAGGCUUCAGGGACUGACUUCUUUGUACAUUAUGCUCAUGACAGUCUUCUCAAUGUACCAAUUCCAAAGUCGCAGUUAAGGAAAGAAAUGGAAAAAUUAAAAGAAGAAAAUAAAGAUCAAGAAGAUGAUGCCAAGUCAAAGUAUUUAUUAACUAUGAAACAGCUAAAGGUCAAUGAAUACCCAUCCAAAUGCUACACAAGUGACACUGAUAACGAUGAUGGUUACUUACCWUGUGUGGUCAAAGAAGCAGCCAGUUCAACAGUGGAUGAGAAGRCYAGUGUUUUUGCAAUAGACUGUGAGAUGUGUUCAACUUCUCAAGGCAAUGAAUUAACUAGAAUUUCAAUAGUAGAUGAAAUGUUUAAUGUUGUAUAUGACACCUUAGUGAUGCCAAACAGACCUAUACUGGACUACAAAACCAAAUACAGUGGAAUAACUGCAGAACGUCUUGAAGGAGUUACAGUUACCUUGCAAGAUGUUCAGAAGGAGAUUCAAAGAAUUUUACCCCAUAAUGCAAUCCUGGCUGGGCAUUCGUUUGAAUUUGAUUUAAAUGCUUUAAAGAUGCACCACAAUAGAAUCAUCGACACUUCUGUUAUGUUUGGUGACAAACGAGGUUCACAUUUUAAGCCUGCGCUACGAUACCUAGCUCACCAACUAUUAGGGAAAAAYAUCCAGAACAAUUCUGAUGGUCAUUGUUCCAUAGAAGAUGCCAAAACUGUCAUGGARUUGGUCAAACAAAAGUUUGAAAAAGGUCCUUUAUUUGGCCAGGCAGAGAAGCACACAGAAGGGUUGUUUCAUCGAAUGGAUCGAGAGCAACGAAAGACAGGAAAACUAACAACAGCCAUGAUCGACUAUCCUUCAAUUGUCAAGUUUCACAAGUCCUCAGGAAAUCACGUUAUCUCACGAGUUUCCGAUAGCGAGAUCGUUUCUAGUGCUGUAAACCAGAUUAAAGCUUGCGAUUUCGUCUGGGUUCAUUUCCAUGGAGCACAGCAUUUCUAUGAGGGAAUGGCUAAUAAUGACUUAAAUGCGAAAAAGGAAGUKUUGAGGAAUCUCGACUCAAGGGUAUCAACUGUCUGUCAAGCGAUACCUGAAGACUGUUUGACGAUUAUCGUCAUGGGCUAUGGUGACGUCAGUGAUAUUAUAAGAAUUCAAAAAGAUCCAAAACCCAGGAGUGAUGAAUUACGUCGAAUUGUUUCCGAAGCCAAGAAGGGACUUUGCUUUCUGAAGAUCACUUAAAAUCUUUAGAUAUGUAUUGUUUUAUUUCGAAUGUUUUUUACGGCAAUAAACAUUUAUUACAAAAAACAACUGUAAUUAUAAAGCGCUGACAGGAAAUUUAACAGAAGAAGUAGACUAUCUACUCUAACAUCUCGUCUUUGAUGCAAAAAAACUAACUAAAUAAACCAUUAUGUGGG